GCGGCUGGGAACUUUUCUCUGCCUGAUCCGCCCGCGUUUACUGAAUUUGAGCUCGGGGCUUGCCUAAUGGUGUUGGUUUUGGGAAACGGGGAAACAAGUGCCCGGCCCGGCUGAGUGCAGGAGGUCACCGCGAGCGGGGGUGGAAUCCCCGGCCCUUGGGCCCCACGUGCAAAGCGCCUGGCCCAGGAGCCUGACGACGCGCGUCUCAGGUAGCCCGCUCUCUGCGAGCAGCGGCCGCAGCACGUUACCUCGCAGGCUUAGUCCCUGCCAUCUGGGCCCACUCCCUGCCGGCCCUUUGUGCCUCCUAAUCCCCGGACGCAGGAAGCCCGCAGGAGGGACUUCGGUCUCAGGGCCUUUCUCCGCCUUUGGCGGCCUUGGACACCUUGAAGGGAAGGGGGUUGCACACUGAGCACGAUGAGGCGGUUCCUGAGGUCAGGACACGACCCUGCACGGGAGAGACUCAAGCGGGACCUUUUCCAGUUUAACAAGACGGUGGAGCAUGGCUUCCCACACCAGCCCAGCGCCCUUGGCUACAGCCUGUCUCUGCACAUCCUGGCCAUUGGCACCCGCUCCGGAGCCGUCAAGCUCUAUGGUGCCCCGGGGGUGGAGUUCAUGGGGCUGCACCGGGAGAACAAUGCUGUGGUACAGAUCCACUUCCUACCUGGCCAGUGCCAGCUGGUCACCCUGCUAGAUGACAACAGCCUGCACCUGUGGAGCCUGAAGGUCAAAGGCGGCGUGUCAGAGCUGCAGGAAGAUGAGAGUUUCACGCUGCGUGGUCCCCCCGGGGCUGCCCCCAGUGCCACACAGAUCACCGUGGUCCUGCCACAUUCCUCCUGCGAGCUCCUCUACCUGGGCACCGAGAGCGGAAACGUGUUCGUGGUGCAGCUGCCGGCCUUCCACACACUGGAGGAGCGGACCAUCAGCUCAGACACCGUGCUCCAGCGGUUGCCCGAGGAGGCCCGCCACCGGCGGGUGUUUGAGAUGGUGGAGGCUCUGCAGGAACACCCCCGUGACCCCAACCAGGUCCUCAUCGGCUACAGCCGGGGCCUCAUCGUUGUCUGGGACCUGCGGGGCAGCCGCGUGCUCUGCCAUUUCCUCAGCAGCCAGCAACUAGAGAACGUCUGCUGGCAGCGGGACGGCAACCUGAUCGUCAGCUGCCAUUCUGACGGCAGCUACUGCCGGUGGCGCGUGUCCAGUGACGCCCAGCAGCCAGAGCCCCUGCGCAACUGCGUGCCUUACGGUCCUUUUCCUUGCAAAGCUAUUACCAAAAUCUUCUGGCUGACCACCAAGCAGGGGUUGCCCUUCACCAUCUUCCAGGGGGGCAUGCCCCGGGCCAGCUACGGGGACCGCCACUGCAUCUCAGUGGUCCACGAUGGCCAGCAGACAGCCUUCGACUUCACCUCCCGUGUCAUCGACUUCACUGUCCUCACCGAAGCAGACCCAGCGGCAGCCUUUGACGACCCCUACGCCCUGGUGGUGCUGGCCGAGGAGGAGCUGGUGGUGAUUGACCUGCAGGCGGCUGGUUGGCCGCCAGUGCAGCCUCCCUACCUGGCCUCCCUGCACUGCUCUGCCAUCACCUGCUCCCACCACGUCUCCAACAUCCCCUUGAAGCUGUGGGAGCGUAUCGUCGCCGCGGGCAGCCAGCAGCACACACACUUCUCCACCAUGGAGUGGCCCAUUGAUGGUGGCACCAGUCUGGCCCCAGCCCCUCCCCAGAGGGACCUGCUGCUCACGGGGCACGAGGAUGGCACAGUGCGGUUCUGGGACGCGUCCGGCGUCUGCUUACGACUGCUCUACAAACUGAGCACGGUCCGGGUGUUCCUCACCGACACAGACCCCAGCGACAGCCUCAAUGCCCAGGGUGAGGACGAGUGGCCCCCACUCCGCAAGGUGGGCUCCUUCGACCCCUACAGUGAUGAUCCCAGGCUGGGCAUCCAGAAGAUUUUCCUCUGCAAAUACAGUGGCUACCUGGCUGUGGCAGGCACGGCAGGGCAGGUGCUGAUGCUGGAGCUGAAUGACGAGGAGGCGGAGCAUGCUGUGGAGCAGGUGGAGGCCGACCUGCUGCAGGACCAGGAGGGCUACCGCUGGAAGGGGCACGAGCGCCUGUGUGCCCGCCCGGGGCCCGUGCAUUUUGAGCCCGGCUUCCAGCCCUUCAUGCUGGUGCAGUGCCAGCCCCCGGCAGUGGUCACCUCCUUGGCCUUGCACUCUGAGUGGCGGCUUGUGGCCUUUGGCACGAGCCAUGGUUUUGGCCUCUUCGACCAUCAGCAGCGACGGCAGGUCUUUGUCAAAUGCACGCUGCACCCCAGUGACCAGCUAGCUUUGGAGGGCCCGCUGUCCCGCGUGAAGUCCCUGAAGAAGUCCCUGCGCCAGUCUUUCCGCCGGAUACGUCGGAGCCGGGUGUCCAGCCGGAAGCGGCGGCCAGCUGGUCCCCCUGGGGAGGUGCAGGAGGGGGGCUCCAGGGCCGAGCGGACAGGGGUGCAGAGCAUGGAGCUGGCACCGGUGCAGCGUAAGAUCGAGGCUCGCUCAGCAGAGGAUUCCUUCACGGGAUUUGUGCGGACCCUCUACUUUGCCGACACCUAUCUGAGGGACAGCUCCCGCCACUGCCCCUCGCUGUGGGCUGGCACCAACGGGGGUACUGUCUAUGCCUUCGCCCUGCGCGUGCCCCCCGCCGAGCGGAGAAUGGACGAGCCCGUGAGGGCAGAGCAGGCCAAGGAGAUCCAGCUGAUGCACCGAGCGCCCGUGGUGGGCAUCCUGGUGCUAGACGGACGUAGCAUGCCCCUUCCUGAGCCCCUGGAAGUGGCACAUGACCUGUCAAAGAGCCCGGACAUGCAGGGAAGCCACCAGCUGCUAGUGGUGUCAGAGGAGCAGUUCAAGGUGUUCACGCUGCCCAAGGUGAGUGCCAAGCUGAAGCUGAAGCUGACCGCUCUGGAGGGCUCGCGGGUGCGGCGGGUCAGCGUGGCCCACUUCAGCAGCUGUCGAGCUGAGGACUACGGGGAGCAUCACCUGGCCGUCCUCACCAACCUGGGCGACGUGCAGGUGGUCUCGCUGCCCCUGCUCAAGCCCCAGGUGCGGUACAGCUGCAUCCGCCGGGAGGACAUCAGCGGCAUUGCCUCUUGCGUCUUCACCAAAUAUGGCCAAGGUUUCUACCUGAUCUCACCCUCAGAAUUUGAGCGCUUCUCUCUCUCCACCAAGUGGCUGGUUGAGCCCCGGUGUCUGGUGGAUUCGGCAGAGACCAAGAGCCACAGCCGCCCCCGCAACGGAUCAGGGCCAGAGAAGGCCUUGGGCCGAGCCAGGAACUCAGGGAGCCAGAAUGAUGGAGAGGAGAGAAGGCCCGUCCCGGUGAUGGAGCACGCUCUGCUCAAUGACGAGAGGGUCCUGAAGGAGAUCCAGAGCACGCUGGAGGGAGACCGAGGGAGCUAUGGCGAUUGGCGUUCUCAGAGAGUGGCCAUGGGGUACAGCCUCAGCAAUGGGGGAGCAGAGUGAGCAGGCCAUGAGUCCAGUCUACCCAACGAACACACACUACUGGGGGCUCUCCCUGAGGCCCGGCCCCGCCUGCGAGGACCGUGCCCUGGGCUGCGCCAGGGGCUGGAACCGACCCCGGUGUCCUCCCCACUGCUGCUCUUGGCCUGGAGAGAGGCGAGACCCCGGGGCCGGGGGCUGCCCCUCCUGGGCCUUGUCUGUCUUGACUCUCUGUCAAUGUUGCACAGUUUUUAUUCCCUCCCCUUUUUGUAGUGGGCUGGGUUUUAAAUUAUAAAUUUUAACUGUCUCUGGGUGAAAGAAAGUUUUUAAUAAACACCUUAUUACCUCUUCA